AUGAAAAAAAACUCGAACGACUCUUGUGGAAGAUUAACUUCAAGGAUAUUGUCUUCCUGACAUCUCCUGAUGAUGUCAUGGAUUUACCAAACAAGUCAUCGUUGAAAAAAUCUAUGACUCGCUGGAGCUUCUUGCAGCCAAACCCAAGCUCUGGUGCAACCCCUUCAAAUGCCAAACCAUUCUACAAAAGUCAGCAGGUAUCAGUGAAAUUCAUUGGGAAGAAAAGUGUUGAGCUGACUCGUGCAAUGAAGAGACGUAUGCAACUGUUGAAAGAGAUGCAACAUGAAAAUAUCAACAGAUUUAUAGGGGCCUGUGUUGACCCACCAAACUGUUGCAUUGUGCGACAAUACUGUGCCAGGAAUUUGGGGGAAUUGUUACACAACAAAGAUAUCCGUCUCGACAAUAUGUUUAUAUCUUCAUUAGUAGCAGACUUAAUUAAGGGGAUGUUGUACAUCCACGACAGUGACAUCAUCUGCCAUGGUAACCUAAAACCAAGCAACUGCCUUGUUGAUGCCAGAUGGGUCCUGCAGAUAACUGACUUUGGUGUGAAUACAUUGGGAGAAGCUGAGGAGUGUUGCCUUGAAUCUAUGGAAGAUGAGAAGUAUUAUAAUCGUUUGCUAUAUACGGCACCAGAACUACUGAGAAGUGCUUGCCGAAACCUCAAUGGUACUCAAAAAGGGGACAGUUACUCCUUUGCAUUAAUAUUAUAUGAGAUUCAUACACGCCAUGGGCCAUGGGAGUCAACAAACUUGUCCAAGUGUGGUAAGUCUUACUCAAAAAUCAAAUUUCUCUUCCAUUUCAAAACUAUUUUCUUGCAAUUUUCUUCUGUUGAGAUGAAAUAUGCAGCAAUGACACAAAAAGGGAAGCCCAACAUUUAUGACCAUAUAAUGGGAUUGAUGGAGAAACAUGCAGAGAAUCUGGAGAUUCUGGUGGCUCACAGAACAAUUGAAUUGGAAGAAGAGAAGAAGAGAAGUGAAAAUCUAUUGAUGAGGAUGUUACCUCGGUCAGUUGCUGAAAGUUUGAAGAUUGGAAGUCCAGUAAUACCAGAGCAGUAUCAGAGUGUAACAAUAUACUUUAGCGAUAUCGCAGGAUUCACCUCACUCUCUGCCCUCAGUACACCAUUACAGGUUGUCGAUCUACUCAAUGACCUUUAUACGUGCUUCGACAGCAUCAUAGGUGACUACUCAGUGUACAAAGUGGAAACCAUUGGCGAUGCUUACAUGGUGGUCAGUGGCCUUCCUGAACGCAAUGGGGACAUGCAUGCGGGGGAAAUAGCUUCCAUGUCAAUCCAUCUGCUGAGCGCCAUCAAACAUUUCAAAAUACGGCACCGACCACACGAGAGGAUAAAGUUAAGAAUUGGCAUCCAUUCAGGUCCCUGCGUAGCAGGUGUUGUUGGUCAUCGAAUGCCUCGUUAUUGUCUAUUUGGAGACACAGUAAACACAGCUUCAAGGAUGGAAUCCACUGGAGUCGCGUUCAUUUUGAAUUACUCUGGCAAAGGACAAAUGUUUACAUACUUUCUGGUUGGGGAAGAUCAAAGAUACAGAUUGAGGAGGCUUAAUGAAUGUGUCAAGGAACCUCUUAAUGGCAUAACACUGACCAAAAGUUGCAGCAGCAGCAAAUUAAUUCGUAUGUUAAGUGAACAAAACGACGUCAACAUGGAUUAUCUUGAUGAUAACGAUGAUGUGUUCUUUACGAACGGUCAGGAUGCUGACUAUUCUGAGAACUUGAACCUUCUUCCUUCAUUGACAAAAUUCACUGGUCGAUCUAUGUCAACGUCAUCAUCAUCAUCACAAUCAGGGAAACCACUGAUACAUUACCAACUGCCUUCAGAACAAUAA